AUGGCUGAAAGAGCAGCAAAUGAGCUUACCGGUGCCUAUAGCGCCCUUCACCUGGCAGCUGCAAAUGGAGAUGUUAAUGAGGUUCAGUAUCUCAUUGGUCAAGGAACACACAUUGACAAGUAUGAUGAAGAAGGUAAUACACCUCUUUUAUAUGCAUCAAGUAAUCGUUAUCUUGAGGUAGUUCAGUACCUCGUUGAUCAAGGAGCAGAUGUUGAUAAGGGCAAUAUUGAUGGUUCGACACCACUUCAUUUUGCAUCAUCCUGGGGUUUUCUUGAUGUAGUUCAAUGUCUCGUUGGUAACAAAGCUGAGACUGAUAAGCUUGAUGGGGAUGGUAAUACAGCUCUUUACUCGGCAUCAAGUCAAGGUCAUCUUCACGUAGUCCAGUACCUCGUUGUUCAAGGAGCACAGGUUGAGAAGGUUGAUAAUAAAGGUUCGACAUCACUUAUUAUUGCAUCAGCCAAAGGUCAUCUUGAUGUCGUUAAGUAUCUCAUAAGUGAAGGAGCAAAAAUUAAUAAGCCUGAUGUUGAUGGUAAGACACCUAUUUAUGGUGCAUCACUAAAAGGUCGUCUUCAUGUAGUUCAGUAUCUCGUUGGUCAAGGGGCACUGAUUGAGAAUUGCGAUAAUCAUGGUGAUACACCAAUUCAUGCUGCAUCAGGCAAUGAUCAUCUUGAUGUAGUUCAGUACCUCGUUAGUCAAGGAGCAGAGAUUGAGAGGAGCGAUAAUGCUGGUCACACACCACUUCUUCUUGCAACAGGCCAUGGUCAUCGUAAGGUAGUUGAGUAUCUCGAGAAACAACAAAAGCUGAGGAAAGACGAACGAUCUGAAGGUAUGAUUCACAUUUAA